AAGUCGAACAUCGCUGCUGUUUGUAUCACGCAGAACAUGGGAACUGUCGAUACUCUUCAAGAAAUAGAAGAUACAGGAGUCGUAGUAUUCCAGUGUGAAAAUUGUAACGUAAUAAUCGGCGACUCAUCCUCUUGGAUGGGAAUAAAUCAAGACCUGAGGAUCAUGAUUUUGGGCUCGGCUAUAAAUGUGUACCAAGGUAGCACCCUGAUAACUUCAACAGAAGGUGCAGAUGUAGGAAGCACAUUUGUCAGACUGAGAUGUUUGAGUUGCAAGGAACUCCUUGGUAAGAUGUAUCAAACAACACACAAGAGUCUGGACAGUAUCAGAGAGAAAUUUGGUUUUGAUGCCAAUAAAAUCAAAAGCUAUGAAGUGGGAAGUGGCAAUCCACCAUCUGUUUCUGGAAGUCAUGAGAGCACCUUGUCCUUGCCCUCCUUCCAUGUUGUAGUGCAACAACUUCAAAAGAUGCAGGGCAUUCUUGUUGCCUUGAAUCACAGAGUCAGCUACUUGGAAUCAUUAGCCCCUCCUGACCCAGGUGUCGAGGCAUCACAACUUCCAAGUAACAAUACACAAGCAGUUGCACCAUUGGUUCGGAAAAACUCCAAUGGCGUUUCACAGCCAAACAGCAGAAAAACUAAAGCAGAUUCUCCACUGCCCUCACCUAGUCAUGGAAAAAGGAAUAAAUUAGGCUGAGGGGGAGGAUGGUAUUGGAGCAUUGAGUGCCAAAAACCGUUUUGUAUAUAGAAAAGUGAGAAAGUCCUCACAAAUGUUAAAACAGACAAGUUUUGUUCUUACAAAUGUUUACUUUAUUUAGUCAAAAAGGAGACAUGUUCUUACAAAUUUGUAGUGAACAUAGACUUUCUGUCUGUAAUUUAUAGCAUUAAUAGAUUUGGUUUAAAUUGCAAACAUUUUUUCCUGAUGAUCAGCAAACAGUUGUUGUAUUUACAAAAAGCCUGAGCCUAUAAUUUUUACUUUAAAAACAUGACUUCUGAUUCAAUUACUAAGGGUUUAAGUUUUAAAAACAUUUAGGUAAUUGUUGUUGCUACCAUUAACUGUUUGUUUUGAAAAAGUUCUUUGAAAUCAAUAAUUCACAUUCUGGAUGACUUUCCAGGGCAUGUUUCAUGGAUUGCUUAGUUAACUUGACUACUGCUGACAUUUCUUUGGCAACCAUCUGGAAUUCUUUAUUUCCAUUUGUGUUAUCCAUACCUGAAGAGAAAAAAAAGUUGCAAAUAAAACCAAAAUAAAAAUAUUAAAA